CCGGGACGUAUUUCGGUGGUGCACACAAACACACAGUCCGCCAUUCAGGACGGAAGAAAGACGGAUGGUGCGUCCUAUAAUAAAGCUGCGUCCAGUUUAAGUUCCUAUUUGGGCUGAAAUGUGCCACCGAGUGUCGGACGCCGCAGGUUGAGAUUUUUAAAUCGACCGAGCAAACAUGGAGGCGAGAUUCGGCACCGAGGUGGCGUCGCUGGUGGAGGUCGCUAUCCAGGCGACCGUGUCUGUCUUCAGGGAAGUCUGGGCCAAAGAGGCGCCAAACGCCGUGUGGGAAGAGGCGAAGUUCGGCGAAAUCCAGGAGAUAGAGAAAUGCCUGGUGGUGCAGAUCCAGAAACUGUUCGCGGAGCUCUCGUCCGAGCUGCUGGAGGAGAACGAGGCUCUGCGGGCCAAAGCGGGGCAGCUGGAGGACGUCCUGCAGAGGAAAGCCGGGCAGCUGGAGCAGGAGCUGGAAGCCAGGGUGGGUCAGCUGGGCAAAGAGAUGGAGCAGCUGGAGCAGGAGAUCAAGACCAUCAGUGAAGGCGGAGUGGGGACGCCCGAAGGCCCGACACACAUCCUGCUGCGGGACGGCUCCCUGAUAGGAGGACCAGUUUUGUCAGUCGCCGCCUGUCAGACUGACGUAAAAUCAGUUGUGAUGGACUCGCUGAGUCCAGCUCCGUCUUCAGCAGGCGGUAACGCAUCUACGACGGUCAAAUCUGCGAAUGUUGCUACGCCCGUGGCCGCCCCCAUGGUGUUCGUCAGCAAAGUCAGCUCCUCUCCGACGGUGCUGUUGGUGGGUUCCAGUCAGAUCGUCGGGCAGCCUUUGGCGGACGUCUCUGAAGCGACGGCGGUCAUCCUCAAACCAGCAGCAGCAGAAUUGACGCCUCAAGAUGUCCACAGUCCAGACUCCAGCGCUGCUGGUGGCCUCGACUCGCCACAAGAAAAGAAACCUUUACAAGAGGGGCCUUCAGGGAGAACCAGGCGGACGAGGAGGACGACUAGUAAAACUGGCAGAGUUUUCGCAGACAGCGCUGCAGAAAAGCAGAUGAGUGAGGGCGAGAAGCAGGGACGAAGGCUGAAAAAGAAGCAGUCGCACACAGCGAAGCGGUUCUUCUGUGAGCAGUGCGACUGCGGCUUUUACUGGAAAGGCGAACUGAAGAAACACAUGGCGGUCCACAAGAAGCCGUUCCCCUGUGAGCAGUGCGGCAAGAGCUUCCUGGAGAAACGGUCUCUGGAGAACCACCUCUUACGUCACGAGACGACGAAGGACCCGCUGCCUUUCCCCUGCCCUCAGUGCAAGAGGUCGUACAGGAAAGAGCAGUCGCUUCAGAACCACCUCAAGCGCCACCAGGUCCUGAAGCCUCCGAAGCCGUUCGCCUGCAGCCAGUGCGGGAAAACGUUCCGGAUCAAGCAGUCGCUGGAAAACCACCUGUUGCGCCACGAGAAGUGGAAGCAAAUGCUGAAGUGUCAGCUCUGCGACAAGACCUGCAAGACGAGGGUCCUGCUGAAGUGUCACAUGGCCGUGCACUCGGAGGAGAGGCCGUUCAGCUGCGCCACCUGCGGCAAAGAGUUCAAGAGCAAAGACACCCUUCGCUUCCACCAGAUGGUCCACACCAACACCAAAAAGUACAAGUGCACGCUGUGCGACGAGACGUUCAAGUACGCCCACUCGCUGACGGUGCACAAGAGGAAGCACACGGGCGACACGCCGUUCGUGUGCACCGUGUGCAACCGCUCGUACAGGACGGGCACCGCUCUGAAGAGGCACAACGUGGUUCACACGGGGGAGAAACCCUUCACCUGCCACAUCUGCGGCGCCAGGUUCAGCCUGAACAACAACCUGAAGCGGCACAUUCGCAUUCACACGGGGGAGAAGCCGUUCACCUGCAAGGAGUGCGGCAAGAGCUUCUCGGACAACAACAAGCUCAAGUCCCACAUGCUCAUCCACGGGGCCCGGAAGCCGUUCAUGUGCGACCUGUGCGGGAAGACGUUCCUCUUCAACUGCCGGCUGCUCAUACACCAGAGGUACGUCCACGCCAACAGGAACGAGGACUCGGACGGCACGCAAAGCUUGUUCCAGUCCCGGCGGCAGAACAAGUCCCUGGUGAAGCCGUUCAGCUGUAAAAUAUGUCUGCGAGGCUUCAGCGCCGCGUCUUCGCUCAAGCUGCACGAGAAGGGCCACAGCGAGCACAAGGAGUACAACUGCACCAUCUGCGGGAAGUCCUUCCACAACAAGUACUCUUUCAGCUACCAUCAGCGGAGCCACUCGGGGGAGAAGCCGUUCGUCUGCGACGUGUGCGGGAAGAGGUUUUUCCACUCGGGCAGCCUGAAGCAGCACGAACGCAUUCACACGGGGGAGAAGCCGUACAAGUGCGACCAGUGCGGCAAAGCUUUCCGAACGGACGGCAACUUCUACCGACACCUGAGGAUCCACACGGGGGAGAAACCGUUCGAAUGUAUGUACUGUCAGAAGAAGUUCCACCAGUCGAAUCAGCUCAAGUCUCACCUGCAGGUCCACACGGGCCAGAAGCUCUACUCGUGUCAGCAGUGCAACCGGGGCUUCUCCGAUUCAAGGCAGCUCAAGAAGCACAGCUGUGACGGAUCGUAGCAAAACCAAAAGGACGUGGAGGCAUUAGUUACAUAGGGCUCAGUGUACAAAAAUACUUUAACAUUAAAAAAAAUCUGAGCUGGUCCUGUUCGCUCAGUCAUUGGGAAGUUCUUCAGUUUCAGCUUUUGGUUACACCAGCUUCACAAAGGGGAAAAGGGAUGUUCGGCUUAGUUUUAUAUCACCACUUCCUUCCAAGUCAUUUUCAUUACUCGUUAAGGGAUCAGGCUACCACAUGGGAUGUCGGAGUUUGGAGUUUGCAUGUUCUCCCUGCGUCUGUGUGGGUUUUCUCCAGGUACUUCCACAGACGUGCUCGUUAGGCUGAUUGUUGACUCUGAAUUUACCCUGAGUGUGAGUGUGAAUGGUUGUUUGUCUCUGUGUUAGCCCUGCGAUAGGCUGGAGACCUGUCCAGGCUGUACCCCGCCUCUCGCCCGAUGCCAGCUGGGAUAGACUCCAGCAACCCCCACGACCCUAGUGAAGGAUAAGUGGUAUAGAAGAUGAAGGGAUUAAUCGUACGUGGGUAUAAAGUGUAGUUGCAGCUCUUUUCUCUGAGGUUAGCGGAAUUGUUUGUGGCAUUUGUAUUUUUAGUUUUGCUUCAUUAACCUGUUAAAAACAUAAUAAAAAAAUUCCUCAUGUGAAUCCUAGACACGUUAGGGUAGGAUAUGCGUGUAAAUGUUAGGUCUUCAAGAGCUGAAACCUUUAAAUUUUCUCCCUGACUACUAAGGAUUACAAUAUUUUUUUUUUAUUUUGACAUAAAAUCUGUUGUAAAUUCAAAGCCAUCAUAUUGAAUUCCAUUAAGAUUUAAUUAUUUUCAAAGUUGAAGUUGUCAAAUGACUUUCUAAUGUACAAAUCUAUUUAAUAUUUGUAUAUUUUUGCGGUUGUAAUUGCAAUUAAACGGCAUUUGCAAAUCAAA